AUGUAUGAAGUAGCAAUAAAGCCAAUAACCUCAAGAAGGGACAUAUCCUCACCAGCGACUGAAGUGAACGGGAUAAAAGUCGUUAACCUGCCGAUACCAAGAUUAGACACUGUAAGAGAAAAUGCUGCUGACCAGCCAAUCAGGUCGUCUCCCUCACCACCUCUGGUCAAGGUGAAGGAUGAGCCCAUAGAUGAAGAUUAUGAUCAAGCUCUGAUAUCUUCCACAUCCACUGCAAACGUGAAAGAUGAGCCCAAUAUUGCAAAGGAGGACCUGAGGAUCGGAUCGGUCUUCUCUGUGACCCCAGCUGCUGAAGCUCAAUUGCUGCCCGUCGUCAACCCAUCCUCCCUGCACAUGUCCUGCUCCAACUGCAAGUCGAGCCUGAUCAAAGGACAGACAGCUUUCCAGAGGAAGGGCUCCCCCGCCCUCUUCUGCUCCACCUCCUGCCUCACCACGUCGCUCCCCGCAGCCAAAGGAGUCACUAAGGUCUGCCACGACUGCCAAAAGUGA